AUGGAGGGCGGCGGGGAGGCGCUGCCCGCCGACCUGCGGGACCUGGCGGGCAAGGUGGGCCGGCGCCCGCCCGCCGUGCUGCUGCGGGGGCUAAGGGCCGACACCGCCCCCGCGCCGCCCGCGCCGCCCGCGACACCCGCACCGGCCCGCGGUGCCCACCCGCCGCUCGCCGAACGCCUGCGGACGCUCCGCCUCGAGCUGGCUUACCUGCGAGCGGUGGACGUGAAGAUCCUGCAGCAGCUGGUGGUGGUGAACGAGGGCAUCGAGGCGGUCAAGUGGCUGCUGGAGGAGCGGAGCACGCUGACCAGCCGCUGCAGCAGCCUGGCCAGCAGCCAGUACAGCCUGGUGGAGAGCCAGGAGGCCUCGCGGCGGGGCAGCUGGGACAGCCUGCAGGACCCCAACGACAGGCUGGACAGCAUCUCCGUGGGCAGCUACCUGGACACGCUGGCCGAUGACAUGGACGAGUACUCGCACAACGCCGCCGAGACCGCCGCCGCGUCCACGGCAGGCAGAGCCCUGGCCAGGGCAGAGCAGGAUUGGGUCAGGAUCGACCUCGAGAGGGGUCCUGCAAAGCAGGAGAAGGACGCAGAGGAGCACGAGUGGCCCCACGUGGACCUCUCCCCGCCUGGGCUGCCCCAGGAUCAGUGGCUGGCCAAGGAGCCCCAGGUGGCCAAUGGGUGUUUGGGCCAGCAGUCCCCUUCUCUGGAGGCAGACAGAGACACCAAGUCACCACCAGGGGCCAGGGAGAGGCUGGGGAAGGGAAAUCCAGAUGGGAAGGCUUGGAAAGCUGAGGCUGACCUUGAGAACUGCAAACUCAACAGCAAACUGCACCUGGAGUACGAUGCCCACUGGCGCUGGCUCCAGUCACAGGAUGAUGUGACAUUCUUAUAGCCCCUGGCUUUGCCUUCCCAGUCCAGCUCUCCCAGCUGCCCAGUCUGCUUCACUUGUCUGUGCUUGGGAGAGUUGGGGUGGCUGGAAAGGGGGGCCAGGCUGGCUUGGUGGGUUGCACUGUUCCUCUGGUGGCCCAAACAGCAUUUGGUGAUGCAGCCAUAGGGGACUGGGUGCCUGCCCUGCAGCACAUUUCUGGGAGAGAAGGGGUGAAGUGGGUCCUGGUAGAUUUAAUCCUUUGCUCUAGGGUGUUGCUUGCAGGUGGCUGGUCACCCCUCUGUUGUCCUUGGUGGUGGUGGUGGGGAAAUCUGGGACAGUGGUGUUCUGGGAUCUCUUUCUCUAAUCCUCAGCUUCAUGUGUGCAAAAACUGGGGACCCUUCCCCCAAAAUGACUACCCUGAGAGGACAGGAGGCACUGCCAC